AUGUUCAAUAUAUACACUCGAGGAUUCUCGAAAAAGGCUGGUUGGUCAUGGGUAAAAAACAGAAGGGGAAGAAAAAAAAUAAUUUCAUUUACAUACCCACCAAAGGAAAGAAGCAGUAUCAUCAAGCUAACUGACGAAAGCGACAAAUUAAUAUUUGUAUGUAACGGGAAAUUAAGAAAUACUUUCAUAACAACGGUUAAAAGUAUGAAAGAAACGAAAUGUGUGAUAAAGAACGAUAUAAUCCAUACCCCCUGUUUAGUCAUAUCAAAGGCAAAGUGCCAUACACUAUUAGAGAGUUUUACAUACGAUGAAAUUUUGCACUUGGAAAAAUUAUCACCACUUAUCUUGAAAGCAUUUGAAGACGCUCAAAACAGAUUACAUCAAGAUGAAAAAAAUAGAAUCCUCAGUAAGCACGAAGCGAUUAAGUUUAGGUUGAAGAAGUAA